AGCCCAGCUGAUUAGGUGCCACAGAAGAAGGCAGCAACCAGCUCUGUCCCAUGGGGGCCUCGCUGCACGCCGAUUCCAGGAACCUCCUCGCGAUGGCCUGCCCGCCCCUGCAGACGUACCUCUCCUGGCCCCGCAGACCCCUAUCCUGAGCCGGGGACCCAGCGCCGCCCGGGCUCUCCGCGGCCCCCUUCCCCCGAGGAUGUGCAACGUGACGCUGGUGAGCUGCCACGUGGACUCCAAGAUCGACCACCUCUUCCCUCCGGCGCUGUACAUCGCCGUCAUCACCGUGGGCCUGCCCACCAACUGCCUUGCCCUGUGGGCCGCCUACCUGCAGGUGCGCCAGAAGAACGAGCUGGGCGUCUACCUGAUGAACCUCUCGGUGGCCGACUUGCUCUACAUCGCCACGCUGCCGCUGUGGAUCGACUACUUCCUGCACCACGACAACUGGAUCCACGGGCAGCAGUCCUGCAAGGUCUUCGGCUUCAUCUUCUACACCAACAUCUACAUCAGCAUCGCCUUCCUGUGCUGCAUCUCGGUCGACCGCUACCUGGCCGUGGCGCACCCGCUGCGCUUCGCCCGCUUCCGCAGGGUCAAGACGGCCGUGGCGGUCAGCGCCACGGUGUGGGCCAUCGAGAUCGGGGCCAACUCGGCGCCGCUGUUCCACAACGAGCUCUUCCACGACCGCUACAACCACACCUUCUGCUUCGAGAAGUACCCCAUGGAGGAGUGGGUGGCGUGGAUGAACCUCUACCGGGUCUUCAUCGGGUUCCUCUUCCCGUGGACUCUGAUGCUCUUCUCCUACCGGGGGAUCCUGCGCGCCGUGCGGGGGAACAUCUCCACCGAGAGGCAGGAGAAGGCGAAGAUCAAGCGGCUCUCGCUCAGCCUCAUCGCCAUCCUGCUCUUCUGCUUCGCCCCCUACCACCUCCUCCUCCUCUCUCGCAGCGCCGUGCACCUCAGCAAGCCCUGCGACUGCGGCUUCGAGGAGACGGUCUUCGUGGCCUACCACACGGCGCUGGCUUUCACCAGCCUCAACUGCGUGGCCGACCCCAUCCUGUACUGCUUCGCUAACGAAGGGGCCCGGGGCGAUGUGGCCAAGGCCCUCUCCACCUUGCUGCGCUUCCUGGCCAGCUCCAAGCCCCGAGAGAUGGCCAACGCCUCCCUCACCCUCGACACCCCUCUCUCCUCCAAGAAGGGCAGCUUCUGCCGGCAGCCGCUGGCGCUCCCCGUGCCCCCCUCGCGGGCUGGGGGCGCGGGGGACGAGGAGCUCCAGAUGAAGAUACUGACUUUUGAACGCUGAACGCUCGGGAGCUGCAUCCACACACAGCAUCCGCACGGUGCGGAGGGCACCCGCCGGCAACUCGCCGGGGCAGGUGGCCAACGGAUAUACCAUCG